CAAACUAAUGCAACGUGCAUGAGCAAAAUGGGUGAAGAAUUGUCCUUUUAUUUUUUAUUGGCUUGUGUCAUGUUUAAUACAAAACUAUUCAGUAUAUGCUUAACAGAUGGUUACUGUAGUGAAUAAGAAUCUAUGAACAAAUUUAUAGGUAAUAGUUCAAUUUCAGUAGUUUGCAAAGAGCUUUUUCACAGAAAAAAAUGUACUCAUCACUUUUUAGAUUAUUAUCUAAAAUUGAUCAUUUGUAUAAAUAUACACAGAUAUUUAAAGCAGAGUAUAAACUGUUGGUAAUGUAUAAAAGCUGCUGUGCCAUGAACAUCUGUCAUCUGCAGUCCUGAAGCUGCACUCAUAACAGCAUUGACUUUUCAUUGGAUCGCUGAUUGACUGACUGCAGGGAAUUGGCAUUCAAUUAUGCUUAAGCUUAUCCUACUGUGAACUGAGAGACAACUUUAAAUACUUCGUUUGAAACUGGAAUGCAGCAUGUUUAGGCAAAUAUUGUGAUCAUUCCUGAUUUGAUUUUCUGAGGACAGGCGCUCAGAUGUGUAGAGUUCGUUGACAGUUCAGUGUGCGCAACCCUCUAACAUCAUAUAAAUCACUUUGAAUUUUUGCAACCAUUAUCUAUCUGGCAUGUUGCGUGAUUCCUUUUCCAAAACAAUUUUGUUAUUUUUCCACUGUGUGAUGUUUAAUAUUAUGUGCUGAUGACAUUCCAGUCCGAAGCAUAUUGAUAGUGUUAUAUGAAAUUACCAAGUUUGUGUUCAGUCUGGUAAUCUCAACAAAAUUGGUGUCAUAUGAUAUACCAGUAUUACCUAUGUUAUACUUUUUUCCUUUAAAGAAAUUAAAAAAUAUUCUUACAUAUAUUCUGCUACAAAAUAAAUACUUUAAUAAUGAACUCUGUAAUUCAUACCACAUAGAGCUUGCUUCCUACUAUAGACAAAACAGUCCUUGCAAAUUGUUAGGUUUCUUGGCUGUUAUUAAAUGCAAAUUCAUUUAAAAAACGCACCUUCCCCACUCACUACGUAGAAGUAAAAUCCCUGAAUUUUUUGUUUAUAUGUGUGAAGAAUAAUGUCAAAUAAAUAGUAAACAUUUUUCAAGAAGUGGUAAGCUUUUUUGAAGCCCCUUGAAAUUAAAUGUUUUAUUUACUACUGAAAAUUUACUAAGUGAAAUGAGAUGCAGAGCUUGAAAAAUUCCCUGCUAACUGCCUUCCUGUCUUGCAGGAAACUUGAAGCACUUCUAUUCCUGUUUUACAAUUACACAGGACACUCCAUCAUUACAAAAUGUGACAAACUGGUAUAGUAGUUGUGUUUUCUUGGCUGAGAGUAGGAAGAAAAUUACUUUGUGGUUUUCUUUUGGUUUUCAAGGUAGAAAAAGAAAAAUGCACAGUGCUGUUGCAUUUCCAAAAGAGCACUAAAAUGCUAGUUACUGAAGUUACUUUGCGGCACACUUUGCUGCAUUAACCUCCCUGUCAGAGCUUGCCAAAGUGCUUGAGUAACUCUGAAUUUUCAUAGCUCUAAUGACUUUCCUUUUGACAUAAAUUAGAACAGGAAAGAGUAAACAGCUCAUUGCAGUCCUGGAGAUGUGUAGCUUUUUGCGGAGGCUCUGGGACAGGGCAGUCCCAGCACAGGGCAGGGUUGUGCCUGUCGGGGCGGUGAGAGUUUCAGGAAAGCUGCAGGGAAGGGGGUGAGCAUGUCGCACACAUCCCUUAGGUGUGAUCGAGUGAUAAAGGAAAUGUGGUGCCCUUUGGGAGGGUGUGUACCUAGGAGAAACAGGAAGCAGCUCGGCGGGUGCCUGCCCUGCGUGCCGAGGUUGGUGGCUCGGCGGGCGCAGGUGUGCCGACACACCGCCCAGCGCUGCUCUCCAGGCAUCUUGGCAGCGCGCUGCUCGGCACCCGCAGCUGGAGAGGCGGGGGAAAGAAACCCAGCCCAAAGCCAAAACACCCCCCUCACCUUUAAAAAAAACAACAAACCAACCCUCCUCCAGGUAGGGGAAUAUGACGGCCUUGCAGCUGAAAGAGCUGUCACAUUCAGGUCUGUACAGGAGGAGACGGGAUCGUCCUGACAGUGUCCUGCCCGGGUCACAGGAAGAGAGCCUGAGCAACAUGGCGAACGCGCUUGCAAACGCCAUCUGCGAGCGCUGCAGGGGCGGCUUUGCCCCUGCCGAGAAAAUUGUCAACAGCAACGGUGAGCUGUACCACGAGCAGUGCUUCGUCUGUGCCCAGUGCUUUCAGCAGUUCCCUGAAGGGCUCUUCUAUGAGUUUGAAGGGAGGAAGUACUGUGAACAUGAUUUUCAAAUGCUUUUUGCCCCUUGCUGUCAUCAAUGUGGUGAGUUCAUUAUUGGUCGUGUUAUUAAAGCCAUGAACAAUAGCUGGCAUCCAGACUGCUUCUGCUGUGAUAUCUGUGACACAGUACUGGCUGACAUUGGUUUUGUCAAGAAUGCUGGCAGACAUCUCUGCCGUACUUGCCACAACAGAGAAAAAGCCAGAGGCCUGGGAAAGUACAUUUGCCAGAAGUGUCAUGCCAUUAUUGAUGAACAGCCUCUCAUAUUCAAAAAUGAUCCUUAUCACCCUGAUCAUUUCAACUGUGCAAACUGCGGGAAGGAACUUACUGCUGAUGCUCGUGAGCUGAAAGGAGAACUCUACUGCUUACCCUGCCACGACAAAAUGGGUGUUCCCAUCUGUGGGGCAUGUAGGAGACCAAUUGAAGGCCGUGUGGUGAAUGCUAUGGGCAAACAAUGGCAUGUGGAGCAUUUUGUUUGUGCAAAAUGUGAAAAGCCAUUCCUGGGUCAUCGUCAUUAUGAGAGAAAAGGCUUGGCAUAUUGUGAAACCCACUACAAUCAGCUAUUUGGUGAUGUUUGUUUCCAUUGCAACCGUGUGAUUGAAGGAGAUGUUGUGUCUGCUCUGAAUAAGGCAUGGUGUGUGAACUGUUUCGCUUGUUCGACUUGCAACACUAAGUUAACCCUCAAGAAUAAAUUUGUUGAGUUUGAUAUGAAGCCUGUCUGCAAAAAGUGUUACGAGAAGUUUCCUCUAGAGCUGAAGAAAAGACUGAAGAAAUUAGCUGAAACUUUGGGAAGGAAGUAAAGACUUCAUCUGCUCUCCUCUUCCUUUGUGAAAAUCUUAUAGAUACUACUUGAGGGGGAGGGGGGAGUUGCUGCUUUAAGGCUGCAGUAAGAUAGCAAAUGCUGAUGCAUGCCUUCUAUCAACCCAAAAUACAUGAAGAUUCUCUGUUCUCUAUACAUGUAUGCUUACUUUUUGACACACAGACCAUACUUCCAAAGUAAAUACCAGCUCACCUGAAAGGUUUCUGACCAAUAAUGCCAUUGCAUGGAUGCAGGUGACCCAUUCUGUAUACUAAUCCUCUGUGGAACACUUCAGAGAGAGAAAAUUUGCUUGUGAACACCACCUGUGAAAACAAACUUUGCAAGUAGCCCAACUUUAGGGACAUGUAUUGUUAUUUAUAUUAGUGAAAACAUUAACCUUUGUAUUAAGCAUGCAGAAAAAACUUGUCCAGCUCAAGUGAUUUGGGCAGGAAACCAGUAUACUUUGUCUCAUGGAAAAAUUCAUGCUUGGAUUUCAGGCUGAGUCAUUUCAUUAGGGAGCCUUGUUACAGAUGGUUUGAAAACUAUCAGAUUUCUAAAGAUAGCCACUGUAAGAAUGACAUACAUAAAAUGAUAAAAAUUAUAAUUAUGCUUACAUGAUGAAUGUUUCUACAUCAGGCUUAGCAUGAUAUACUUAUAUAAAAAUGUAUUCCUAUUGCAAGAAAUGAGCAUACUCAGAACUACUUGAAUUUUGCUAUAUUCCACUUAAAAUAACACAUUAACUUCUAUAUAUGCUUUUGCAUUCUAUUUACUUUUUGUGCCUUAUUCUUCUGGACCAUACAUAACUGUACCAUUAAAUAUAUAUAGUUUUAUAUUUUAUUUCAUAUUUUUAUGCAGAAACUAUAUAGGAGGUAUUUUCAAAAGAUAACAUACUUUGCCUUAAUUAUACAGGAUGCAAGAAGUAUUUUACUUGAAAUGUGAACGUCUGCAUUUAAAAUUUAGCUUCUAGACUUCAUUGAUUUUCAGAACAAUAUUGAAAAUGCAUAUUUCAAUUAACUGGCAAUAUUACUUUUACACCUCUGAGUGUAAAUAUGCAAGGUUUGAUCCUGCUAGGAUCUACUUCUUUAGCCAUCCUCAAGGACUGAGCUUGCAAAUAAUCAAAAUUCUUUAUAACAUACAUUUAAUUGUUUUAUACUAUUGAGUUAUGUCAAUGCAAAUUUGGAUUUUUUUCCCCUUCUUAUAGAAAAUACAGCUACUUAGGUCUUCUUGAUGGUACGAAGUAUGCAAACUUUUUUUUUAUUUUUGUACAUUAGUGACUUAAACAGAUUGUAUGUAAUUACAUAACAGGAAGUAAAAUUUUCUCUCUUGUUUAUGAAAAAUUAGUUACUUUAAACAUCUGCUUUCCUGUGUCAUCAAUAAAGGCCUUGUUAUUAAACCUUG